UAACCGGAAUACGGGUGCGAAACAAACAGGACGGUUCACGUUAAAAUAGAAUAAGUGAGAGCUAAAGCUCGCAACGUGUCAUACAUAUACAGCCAUGGAUUUCGGUUACAGCAGAACAGAUUUUUUGUUUCAGCCAAAAUUGUUAAUGGUUUUAUUUAUGUUGGUGGCUGCUGAUGCAUCCAGUGAAAACGCUAAAACAGUGGAGUUCAACGUCAAACCCGGAGGUGUGGUGCAUUCAUUUACUGAGAAAAUUGAAGAGUAUGAAUGCACAUUCACCUAUGCUUCUCAAGGAGGAACCAAUGAGCAAUGGCAGAUGAGUGUGGGUUUGAGUGAUGAUGACAGGCUCUUUUCUUGCUCCGUGUGGAGGCCCCAAGGGAAAUCCUACUUGUUUUUCACUCAGUUCAAAGCUGAGAUUAAAGGAGCGAAGAUUGAAUACGCCAAUGCAUAUUCCCAGUCAGCUGUAGGCGGAUUAAAGGAUGUGGCUCUGAAGGAAGAAGAGUACAUAACUGGUGACUCCACAGUGACACACAAAGAAGGAAAAUUCCGGGCUGAACUCUCCAAACUCACCAUCAUUGGUAGGACUCGUCAUGAUGAGCUCUGAUUGGUUAACCUCAGACACUUACGCUUAGAAAAAGGGGAACAAAUGGAUGGAUGUGGCUCUAGUCCUGGACCCUGUUACUAAACUGUUUCCUGACAUCACUGAGCAGCAGAGAUUCAGCCAGAAGAAGAGAUGAAUGAUGUCCCCAUUUUCCUACUGUUUUUGGAUUCCUCCACUUUAAAAAAACAAGCAUUUCUGUCAUCUGCCUGUGCCUGAAGGGGAAAAAAACAAGAGUUUCAACUUUUCUACCACAAUUUGACAAAGCAAUAUAUUUUCAGUUUCUGUGAUCAUGAUCUAGUAAUAGUCUAAAUAGAUUUUAAUAAAUAAGUUCAGCUGUU